UGCCCACAGGAGUGGCGGUGUUCUCUUGGUGAGCUGCAGUCCGCACUCCGCCUCCAGCCGUCAACUUGCAGGCACUGGUUUGGCUCGAAGCCGCAGUUGCCCCAAAUCGAGCGGGGAGCAGCAACCGCAAAUCGGACUCCCGACACUCCCCCUGAGAUCAGCGGUGAAGUCGGCGGCGUCGCGCGGUUACUGAGGCUGGCCGGGAGCCGCUGCUCGGUUCGGCGGGAGGUCGUGCGAGCAUGGCUUCGCCUCCGUGCGGCAACUUGGACUCCGGCCUGGAAAUCAAAACUCGCUCGGUGGAGCAGACGCUGAUCCCGCUUGUGUCUCAGAUCACAACGCUGAUCAACCACAAAGAGCGUCCCAGAAAGUCUGAGCGCACCCUGGUGGCCAUCCAGCGCGUGGGCCAGGCGGUCAGCGUGGCGGUGGGCCGCUUUGUCGCCGUCGGGGAGGCCAUCGCCUUGGAGCACCAUGAGCUCAAGGACGAGAUGGGACACGCCUGCUUCGAGGCGCGCCGUGCCGGGGACACCAUAGCCCAGCUGACAGACCCGGGCCCGGUCUGCGUUGUUCCCUCGCCCUCGGUGACGGUGUUCAGCGACCGCUCGGGUAUGGUGAAGGCCGCCCGGCUGCUGCUGUCGUCCGUCACAAAGGUUUUGGUGCUGGCCGACCGCAUCGUCAUCAAGCAGAUAGUGGCGUCGCGCAACAAGGUCCUGGUGACUCUGGAGCAUCUGGAGUGCGUGAGCACCUUCCAGGACUUUGUGCACAUCUUCAGCCAGUUUGGUAACGAGAUGGUGGACUUUGCCCACCUCACCGGCGACAGACAGAAUGACUUGAAAGACGAGAGGAAGAAAGCCCGUAUGGCGGCGGCUCGGGCUGUGCUGGAGAAAUGCACCAUGAUGCUGUUGACGGCCUCCAAGACUUGCCUGAGGCACCCUGACUGCGAGUCGGCGCGCAUCAACAAGGACGCCGUCUUCCAGCGGAUGCGCUGUGCCCUUGAGCAGGUCGUGGACAUCGUCACCGAGGCCCGCGGCUGCUCCGAAACAGUCCUCCCCGCUAGCAUCUGCGAUGCCGUCAAGGACUACAAGACGAGCGUGGAGAGCCUGCGCGACAAGCUGGCCGCCUCGCCGUCGGAAGGCGUGGGCCGCCGGCUGGAGGCGCUGGUGGAGCGCACAGAGGAUUUCACCGACUCGCCGUACACGGGACACCAGCAGCGCCAGGCCAUUCUGGCUCUGUGCCAGCUGGCCCGCCAAGACGCCCGCCAGCUGCUGCACGCCUGGACCCAGGCCCAGCAGUCGCUGCAGGCCAAGGAGACCAGCGAGGAGUUGGAAGUGGCCAUCGCCAAGUCGUGCCAGAGCGUCAACGACCUCAGACGCGAGCUGCACAAGGUGGCGGUGGGUCGCGCCUCGGAGCUGCUGAGGAUGCAUGCCGAGCACUCGCCGCUGCGUGCGCUCAAGGCUGCCGGCGCCGAAGGCAACCCAGAGGCGGUGGCGCAGUAUUCCCGAACGCUGAAUGAGCAAAAGGAGCAGCUAGUGGAGAACUGUCGGCUGCUGUGUCACGUUUGCGGCACCGAACCGCUGGAGAUCACCUGCGUGCACGCCCAGGAAACCUUCCACGUGAUCGGCCCGCAGAUCGUUUCGGCGGCGCAGACGCUUGCGCUGCACCCGUCCAGCAAGAUCGCCAAGGAGAACUUGGACGUGUUCUGCGAGGCCUGGGAGUCUCAGCUGGCCGACGUGGCGCUCCUGCUGCGCGAGAUCGACGACGUCUUGGAGGGAAAGCGAGGAGACAAAAGGGCCUAUUUGUCCCUUCCCAGAACCGGAAAACACGCCGCCAACACGAAGAGUGCCAAGCCCGUCAAGUUGGACGCCGAGGAGCAGAGCGACGUGGCCAAAGUGGGCUUGGAGCUUCGACUGCUGUCGUCCGACGUGGACGCCGAACUGGAAAAGUGGGAGGAGCAAGAGCAGCAGGUGGUCCGCCACAGCCAGAGCGUGGCCAGCAUGGCCUACAACAUGUACCUCUUUACCAGAGGCGAGGGGCUGCUCAAGACCACGCUUGAUCUCUUCCGCCAAGCUGAGGUACUUCUUCUUGUUCUGUCGGAAGAAGGACUCCAGCUGUGCUCUUCCCUGCAAAUCUUCAGCACGCAGCUGGUUGGUGAUGAGAAGUCGGCAUUGAUGUCCAAGGUGGAGAAGCUGCUCGUGUUGUGUCAACAACUGCAGGUGGGGGCCAGGACCCCCGUGCAGGGCAAAAGCGCCACCUUCCAGAAGGUGGACUCUUCCAUUCAGACUACCAGGAGCAUGUUGACCCUCAUCCUCAACAUUCUUCCAGCGUGUAAGCCCAAUGCAAAGUCCAAGUCAGAGCGGAGCAGCCUGGACUCUCCGCAAGAUUGGCGCCCGAACACCUCCACACCCGUCCGAGACGGCGAGGACAUCCUCAACAACGAUGGCAACCGCCAUGACGAAUUUGCCGUCAAAGCCUUCGAGCAGCACUUGGCAGGCCUCAACCUGCUGGAGAGCAACUAAAACGAACACUGGAGCCUGUGGGUCGCGUCAUUAGACCUGACGGCCCCACGAGGGCGACAAAGCUGCCGAAAUUGAUUGAAGAACUUCAGUUGAGCUUUGUGGCGUCGCCCAUACUUGUUGUCUUGUACAAACAGUGGAUACAAGGUGACACACCUCUGUUCAAAAUCUUGUCAUUUAAAAAUAGACAAAGAUAAACCAUUUAAAAACUCGAAUUUUAGUGAAGCCUUUUCAAAAGGGCAUUACAAAAGAGAUCAAAAGUGUGCACACCCUCUUAGAACUGAGGAUGUGGCUGCGGUCAGAACGCCUCAAUGAUGGAAAAGUUUUUAAAUGGUUUAUAGGUCUAUUUUGACUCAAAAGAAAUUGCAUAUUUGAACACUGGUGUGUACUUUUUACAUCCACUGCAUCAACAUGAUUGUCUUGUGCUAUGUGUUUUUGUGCCAGUUUUGCGCUACACUGUUCCACACUAUGUGCCACAUAAGGACAACCCAGUUAAAUAUGCCAAAUAUGAUCUUAAGGAGAAAUUUAUUAGGUGUGUACGUGGAAUGGUCGUGAUCGAUUUUGUGUCUAGAUGCUUUUUGUCUCAGAAUGUGAGCAGCUAAGGAUGCUUGGUCGGACGUGAAGAAGUUUAGUUUUGGAUAAAAUAAUUAAAAGCAUAACACGAAGAAUAAAUAAUAAACAAUAUUUUUUAUUAAAUC